AUGGGCCACGACCAGCUCAUCGCUGCCGUCCAACGGGCUAACACCGUCAUACGAUCACUGACCAAGAUGAUCCAUGCCCUCGAAGCACAGCGUGAUGCGCUCCAGACCCAGCUGGUCACCGCGAGCUCUGCCGCGAGCUCCGCCAGUCACCGUCCGUCGUGUGCUCGCUGCGACGGACUCGAGGUCACCGUCACCCACCUCCUUGCACAAGUAGACGCUCUCCGGGUAGAGCUGGACGCGCGAGACGUUGAGCAGAUUGAGCGCUCUGUCCUUGCCCGUGACGUCGAGCGCCUCACUGCGCUGGACCUCGCCGGCUCGCCGCCCUCGCCCGUCUCUCCCGCGUCUCUCCCGCACCCGGCCGAGCGCCGGCGGGCUACGCCGGGCUCGCCGCUAGCAGCUUCGCUGGCCUCACCUACUGCCUCCCCGACACUGGAUUCGGGCAAAGGUAGGGGCGAGGUUGGCACCGAGGGCAGAGACUUGGGCUCGGCCUCGGGUUCGCCUGGUGGGAGUUCAUUGCUUGCCAGCCUGCCGCGGCUGGCCAUUGACACCCGCGGCAUGGAGGCGGUGACCGGGCGCGGGCGGAGGCAGAGCGUCAUCGAUGCACCGCCGUGCAUGCACUGCACCCGGGCAGCAUCCAUGCGUGACGUGGCCGAGGAGGCCACUCGCCAGAUGGCAGUCAAGCUCGCCGCUCUGCGUGUCGAAGUCACCGAGCUCGCCGACGAGGCCGCUGCGGCCCGCGCGCGGGCUGACGACGCCAACUCUCAGAUCCGAACACUCAAAGACGCGCUGAGUGACGCCCGCGCCUCGAUCUCACACCUCGAGCCGUUCCGCUUCCGCGCUGCCGGCCUCGGCCUCAUCUGCCGGAGCCUCGAGGAGGAGGUGGAGCACUUUUCGGAGCGCGCCUUGCUCGCCGAGACCAAGCUCAAGGUCUACGAACUCGGCACGUCCGCCAUCAUGUAGCAGUCACCUGAGACGUGGAUCAUGCAGU